AAAUAAGUGAAGAAGAAUCUCAAUUAAGGAAGAGGAAAAAAGAGUUGACAGGACAUCAGCCCAUCGUGACAUUUGAAUGGAAUUUGCUGAGUUGAUAAAGACCCCCCGCGUCGACGGGGUGGUCCUCCAUCGUCCCUUCAUGCCUGUGGUGGAGGGUACGCUGUGUUUGACCGGACACCACUUGAUAUUAUCGUCGCGACAGGACAACACAGAAGAACUGUGGCUGCUACACGGCAACAUAGACGCCAUCGAGAAGAGGUUUGUGGGCUCCUCUGGGUCCAUUAUUGUGAAAUGCAAAGACCUGAGAACUAUCCAGCUGGACAUUCCUGGCAUGGAGGAGUGUCUCAACAUCGCCAACUCCAUUGAGGCUCUCUCCACCCUGGACUCAGUGUCCCUCAAGUAUCCCUUCUUCUACCGGCCCUUGUUUGAGGUCAUCGAAGAUGGAUGGAACUCUUUCCUUCCCGAAGAGGCUUUCAAAGACCUGGAGUCCAUGACAGACGAGUGGCGACUCAGUGAGGUGAACAAGGACUUCGGCGUGUGUCCGUCGUACCCCUCGCUCGUCACCGUGCCAAAGGACAUUGACGACGACACCCUCCGCAAGGUGGCAACGUUCCGCCACGGCGGCCGCUUCCCAGUACUCAGCUACUACCACAAGAAGAACGGCAUGGUGAUGAUGCGUUCCAGCCAGCCCCUCACCGGCACCAACGGCCGGCGCUGCAAGGAGGACGAGAAGCUGAUCAACGCCACGCUGCGGGCGGGCAAGCGCGGCUACAUCAUCGACACGCGCACCAUCGCCGUGGCGCAGCAGGCUAAGGCGCGCGGCGGAGGCUUCGAGCUGGAGUCCAACUACCCGCAGUGGAGGAGGAUCCACAAGGCCAUCGAGAGGCACAGUCUCCUGCAGGAGAGCCUGAUCAAGCUGGCGGAGGCCUGUAAUGACCAGUCCCACAGCAUGGACCGUUGGCUCAGCAAACUGGAGGCCUCCAACUGGCAGAGCCACGUCAAGGAGAUCCUGACCACCGCCUGCCUGGCCGCCCAGUGCAUCGACAGGGAGGGUGCAUCUGUGCUGGUCCACGGUACUGAAGGAACGGACUCCACUCUGCUGGUGACCUCUCUGGCCCAGAUCAUCCUGGACCCGUCCAGCAGGACCAUCCGGGGCUUCCAGGCGCUGGUGGAGCGGGAGUGGCUGCAGGCGGGCCACCCGUUCCAGCAGCGGUGUGCGCAGUCGGCCCACUCCAACGGGAAGCUGCGCGGCGAGGCGCCCGUCUUCCUGCUCUUCCUGGACAGCGUGUGGCAGAUCCUGCGCCAGUUCCCCUGCUCCUUCCAGUUCGGAGAGGCCUUCCUCGUCCUGCUCUUCGAGCACGCCUACGCCUCCCAGUUUGGCACCUUCAUGGGCAACUGUGCCGCCGACAGGGCCAAGCUGAAGCUGCCCCAGAAGACGGUGUCGCUGUGGUCGUGGGUGAACCGGGCCGAGGAGCUGGAGCGCUUCAGCAACCCGCUGUACGAGCCCAACGGCCUGGUCAUCUGGCCCUCCGUGGCCCCGCAGAGCCUGCUGCUGUGGGAGGGUGUGUUCCUGCGCUGGAACCGCUCAUCCAAGUGGCUGGACGAGGCCUACGAUGAGAUGGUGCACAUCAUCGAGUACAACAAGGAGCUGCAGAACAAAGUCAACAGCCUCAGGAGGCAGCUGGCCCAGCUGGAGACAGAGGACGGCCCGCUGCAGACACCCUAGAACCGAAACCGGAACCAAAACUGAGCUGAGUGGCCCGGAACCUGACCUGGCUACCGGUCAAAACGUGCAAAACAACCCUCUCUGACACAAAUCAAAUACACUCUCUGAAUGACAAGGCAAACAAGUAGAUUUUUUAAAACAAACAUGUAUACCACACACUGGUCAGAAUUAACCCAUGAUCGCUAGUCACAAAUUACUCACGCACACACACAGACACGCACACACACGCACACCUACUCACACUGCCCUUUGAUCACUACUCACAUACACAUUCCCUUAGGAACCCAACACACACUAACAUUCUGUGCCAUUUCAUGAGUAAUUCUGAGCCCUCUGCACUUGGUGGCCAGCAGGGUCUUUUACAUAGCGCAUUCCAGAAGCUGGGGCAUCCCACUCUAUAUUCCAUUCUUGAUUUCUGUACUCGAUUUAAAAGAUAAUUGCCCCAUUCACACCCACACCAACACUAACACAUGUCUUGUCUACAUAACAUGGACUGCGCGAAUUAGGAGAGCCUAGAUGUUAUAAAACAACCAAGCAAAACAACAGUUAGUAAACAACAAUUUCGCAACUCUAGGUGAUUAAGUGAAUACAUUAUUUUGGCAGCCGUGUAGUUCUCACACUCUUGCUGCUUAUUCAAGCCUGUUUUUUUUUUUCCGUAUUAUUGUCUGCUUUGGUAUUUCAGGUCAGUAAAGAAAUCCUGUGCUAAAAAACAAAAAUGUUAAUACAAAGGUCACUCGCCAUGCCAAACAUUGCUUAGUCACCGUAUGUUGGCUGUUAAAAUAUCUGUCAUGCUUAUGAGCCGAAAAGUAUAGAUUUUGCAACCACACAGUUCUCUGUAUAACGCUACAGUUGUUAGUUGCCACAACUGACUAUAACUACUUUAUAAAUAGCCAAUAAUAUUUGCAUGUGUACAGUGUGUUCGCUUCAUAGUUAUUACUCUGUAAUAUAGAUUCUUAUUGAUGCUUGUUUUCAUCUGACUACUACUGUAAAUGUCCAGAAAGCUUUGUGCUCUGCAAUGAUAAAUUGGUCAAAUGAGAAGACCUGUAGCCUGAAACGGAUUGCUAUGAGAGAUUAAAGUUUGAGCAGAAGGAUUUCUGCACUAGGAUGACGAAAAACAUUCCAGUAAUUCAGCCCUGUUACCCGCUCUUCAUAGACAACUUUAUAGAUACAUACGCAUCUCAAGCACUUGAUGGUGAGAGUAGGUUGUUGAACAACUGGUUUCACUACCCACACUUGACAUUCAUUCCUUGUCCUACUCUGGGACAACUCAGAUUUGAACUUGCCUGCCCCUCUAACACCUUAUAUAUUAUUUACGUUAAGACGAUUUGGCACCAUAGUAGGCCCUACUAAAGUUGACACAGUGUGGCCAAGCAUGGAUCUAACUCGUUUGCACACAUACAUACAUCAUUUAAAUGCACUAUAACACCGUAUAGGUUAGGUUUCCUUUUCAUAAAGCUGCACUCUGUCGUAUGAACUAUUAAGAAUUUUCCGGCAGACUUGGCCCAUUGCCUUGCAAGUAAUAAAAUGCACAGUAUGCCACUACAUAAUUGUGUGUUAUGUUUUCCGCAUUCUCGUUUCAACCCUUAAGGCAAAAUGUGGAAAAGCAGCGAAGAUGAAGAGGGCCAUCAUGCCAUUCUUGAUCAAAUGCAUUCAGUAGUGGUCCCACGAAGAAGCCCAUGCUUAUUUAGUCUCUUCCUGUCUGUUGAUCCCCAACAACUAUAGACCUCUGAAGUUCGCCUACAAAAAAGCUGCCGUCUUUGACAGUCGGUAUCUGGUGAUUUUUCCUAUGGGAAAAUAACAUGGGGAUUUUUUUAAUUAUCGCACCUGUUAAACUCUCGCGGGGACGAUACAGAGCUAACUUGCUAACUAACUUAAUGGCAUCGCAAGUUAGCUCUGGGGUAGCAAAAAUCAAAGUCUGCCGCCUUCGCGCACCGGAGAUCACAGUAUCCUCUCGAAGGCAGAGGACAAAAGUGUGUUCAGGAAAACACCUGAAUUUCAGAUUUUGUCAUCCCUGCUAGAGUUUAGCAGGUGUGAUAAUUCCAAAUCUCCAUGUUAAUUUCCCAUAGGAAAGAUCGCCAGAUACCCUAUCUCCUUAUAUGAGCAAAGAUGGUAGCUUUUUUGUAGGCGAACUUCAGAGGUCUAUACAGGAGAUGUCAAUGGCACGUACCACUAUGGAGAAGGGGGUGUUUAUUUUGUGGUCAGAUGGUAGAGUCCACGUUGUGUAAGUCUGGUGAUCUUUGAGGUAUGUGCGGAAGGGUGUGCCACGCUGGAUAGUGUUGGGCAGCAGGAUUUCUUUAGUUUCUGGGGCUACGCCAGGACUCGUACCUUCUGGGCACUCCUGGGUCCGGUGACACAGCAAAUGUAUGAGCAUGUGAAACAGACACACACCCACACAGACCCAGACACACCCCCUCCCGCACACACACACACACACACACACACACACACACACACUUGCACCACUAUUUCAGCCCAAAGGCCCAGUCAUCACCAUUUCUGUUGGCACUCCACGCACAUUGGUUGAACGACAAGUUUUUCGUUUCACUUUGUCACUUUAUGAUUGUAUCUGUCAAAUCUUCAAAGAGCAUUGUCCUGCUAAUGCAUACAAAUAAAUGUUAAGUUCUUUUUUUUAUGUUUAACUGCUGAUACUGCUGUAAAAUUGUAUAUUGUCUGUGUGCUGUGAAAGACUCUGCAUUCAAAUGUAUGGUGCCAUGGAUAUUAUCUUUUAUAUUAUGUUUAACUCUGUUCAAUUCCAUGGGCAUUAAAAUAUCAUUCUGAA